CCAGGCUCCCUAGCCUCUGGCUGGGUGCAACUUCCAUUUUAGGUGUUGGAUCUGAGAGAAAAAAAAAGAGGGAGAGAGAGAAAGAAGAGCAGGAAAGAUCCUGAAAGGAGGAAGAGGUGGCGAAAAAUCGACAACCUUGCUGGAUUUGUCUUUCUCAGAACAUUGACGAAGCCUUGGUUUUCUUUCUUAAAGGACUGGUUUUUAGAAGUCCACAUUUGAGCUCUCUUCUUCCUGCUUCCUCCUUGCUGUGGUGGCUGGGAUGCUUCUCCCAUGAUAUUUUGAAUCUAGACUGGGCUGUUCUCUGUUAAACCAAUCAGUUACGACCUUCUCUUAACAGAGGUGGAGUCGACCGCCAGCAUCUUGGCCUCUGUGAAGGAACAAGAGGCCCAGUUUGAGAAGCUGACCCGGGCGCUGGAGGAGGAACGGCGCCACGUCUCGGCGCAACUGGAACGCGUCCGGGUCUCACCACAAGAUGCCAACCCGCUCAUGGCCAACGGCACCCUCACCCGCCGGCAUCAGAACGGCCGGUUUGUGGGCGAUGUUGACCUUGAGCGACAGAAAUUUUCAGAUCUAAAACUCAACGGACCCCAGGAUCACAGUCACCUUUUGUAUAGCACCAUCCCCAGGAUGCAGGAGCCAGGGCAGAUUGUGGAGACCUACACGGAGGAGGACCCUGAGGGAGCCAUGUCUGUUGUCUCUGUGGAGACCUCGGAUGAUGGAACCACUCGGCGCACAGAGACCACAGUCAAGAAAGUAGUGAAGACUGUGACAACACGGACAGUCCAGCCAGUCCCUAUGGGACCAGAUGGGCUGCCUGUAGAUGCCUCAUCAGUUUCAAACAACUAUAUCCAGACUCUGGGUCGUGACUUCCGCAAGAAUGGCAACGGGGGCCCUGGCCCCUAUGUGGGGCAAGCAGGCACUGCUACCCUUCCCAGGAACUUCCACUACCCUCCUGAUGGAUAUAGCCGCCACUAUGAAGAUGGUUAUCCAAGUAGCAGUGACAACUAUGGCAGUCUGUCCCGGGUGACCCGCAUUGAGGAGCGGUAUAGGCCCAGCAUGGAAGGUUACCGGGCACCCAGUAGACAGGAUGUCUAUGGGCCCCAGCCACAGGUUCGGGUAGGUGGGAGCAGUGUGGAUCUGCAUCGUUUUCAUCCAGAGCCUUAUGGGCUCGAGGAUGACCAGCGUAGCAUGGGCUACGAUGACGUGGAUUACGGCAUGAUGUCUGAUUAUGGCACUGGCCGUCGGACUGGGACACCCUCUGACCCUCGGCGACGCCUCAGGAGCUAUGAAGACAUGAUUGGUGAGGAGGUACCAUCAGACCAGUACUAUUGGGCUCCUUUGGCCCAGCACGAACGGGGAAGUUUAGCGAGCUUGGAUAGCCUGCGCAAGGGAGGGCCUCCACCCCCAAAUUGGAGACAGCCAGAGCUGCCAGAGGUGAUAGCCAUGCUAGGAUUCCGUUUGGAUGCUGUCAAGUCCAAUGCAGCUGCAUACCUGCAACACCUGUGCUACCGCAAUGACAAGGUGAAGACUGAUGUUCGGAAGCUCAAGGGUAUCCCAGUACUGGUGGGCUUGUUAGACCACCCCAAGAAAGAAGUGCACCUUGGCGCCUGUGGAGCUCUCAAGAAUAUCUCUUUCGGGCGUGACCAGGAUAACAAGAUUGCUAUAAAAAACUGUGAUGGUGUUCCUGCUCUUGUGCGAUUACUCCGAAAGGCUCGUGAUAUGGACCUCACUGAAGUUAUUACUGGAACCCUGUGGAAUCUCUCAUCCCAUGACUCAAUCAAAAUGGAGAUUGUGGACCAUGCACUGCAUGCCUUGACAGAUGAAGUGAUCAUUCCGCAUUCUGGUUGGGAGCGGGAACCUAGUGAAGAUUGUAAGCCGCGCCACAUUGAGUGGGAGUCCGUGCUCACCAACACAGCUGGCUGCCUUAGGAAUGUCAGCUCGGAGAGGAGUGAAGCUCGCCGGAAACUUCGGGAAUGUGACGGUUUGGUGGAUGCUCUCGUUUUCAUUGUUCAGGCUGAGAUUGGACAGAAAGAUUCAGACAGCAAGCUUGUGGAGAACUGUGUUUGCCUCCUUCGGAACUUGUCGUAUCAAGUUCACCGAGAAAUCCCACAAGCAGAACGUUACCAAGAGGCACCUCCCAAUGUUGCCAACAGUACUGGGCCACAUGCUGCCAGUUGCUUUGGGGCCAAGAAGGGCAAAGGGAAAAAACCCACAGAGGAUCCAAUAAAUGAUACAGUGGAUUUCCCUAAAAGAACUAGUCCUGCUCGAGGCUACGAACUUUUAUUUCAGCCAGAGGUGGUUCGGAUAUACAUCUCACUCCUCAAGGAGAGCAAGAAUCCUGCCAUCCUAGAAGCCUCAGCAGGGGCCAUCCAGAACUUGUGUGCUGGGCGCUGGACGUAUGGUCGAUAUAUCCGCUCAGCUCUGCGUCAAGAGAAGGCUCUUUCUGCCAUUGCUGACCUCCUGACCAAUGAACAUGAGCGGGUCGUGAAAGCUGCCUCUGGAGCCCUGAGAAAUCUGGCUGUGGAUGCUCGCAACAAAGAAUUAAUUGGUAAACAUGCUAUUCCUAACUUGGUAAAGAAUCUGCCAGGAGGGCAACAGAGCUCUUCCCAGAAUUUCUCUGAGGACACUGUGGUCUCUGUUUUGAAUACCAUCAAUGAAGUUAUUGCUGAGAACUUGGAGGCUGCCAAAAAGCUUCGAGAAACACAGGGUAUUGAGAAGCUGGUUUUGAUCAACAAAUCAGGGAACCGCUCAGAAAAAGAAGUUCGAGCAGCAGCGCUUGUAUUACAGACAAUCUGGGGAUACAAGGAACUGCGGAAGCCACUGGAAAAAGAAGGAUGGAAGAAGUCAGACUUUCAGGUGAAUCUAAACAAUGCUUCUCGAAGCCAGAGCAGUCAUUCAUAUGAUGAUAGCACUCUCCCUCUCAUUGACCGGAACCAGAAAUCAGAUAAGAAACCUGAUCGGGAAGAAAUUCAGAUGAGCAGUAUGGGAUCAAACACAAAAUCAUUAGAUAACAACUAUUCCACACUGAAUGAGAGAGGAGACCACAAUAGAACACUGGAUCGAUCUGGGGAUCUAGGCGAAAUGGAGCCAUUGAAGGGAACGCCCCUGAUGCAGGACGAGGGGCAGGAAUCUCUGGAGGAAGAGGUGGAUGUGUUGGUUUUGGAUGAUGAGGGGGACCAAAUGUCUUACCCCCCCAUGCAGAAGAUUUAGCACCACUCUCUCCGCUACAUCUGGGCUUAUAAUAUAUGUACUUUUAUUUUUUGGUGGUGAAAUGGACUGAUGAUUUUUCCCUUUCUUCGCUGGACUGUUGUGCCCACUGCCACACUGCCUCCUGCCCUUGUAGCCCUAAGUGGCUGCCUUCUUUCCAUCAACUCCCUAACUUCUUCCAGUGAAGCUUAAUUGUCCCUCCUCCCCCCUCCAGAUCCCCUGCAAUUAUUCCCAAGAAGCCUGACUCAGUUAUAUGCAUAUCUUGAGAGACUGCUGCAGAUUAGCUCUUUUUGCCAGCUCUCCCUGGAACUCUUGGCCUUGUGUGGAGGGAGGGAGAGAAUGGGAAUCCUCACUGGAAGCUAUGGGAAGAAUUGGAAGUUAUAUGCUAUAUAUGCAGUGUCCAGCAAUCUGAUAAACCCAUGAUUCUUAAGCAAGAUUUUUCUUCUCUUGGUGGGGAAGGGACCUUUACUUUUUUGGAGAGUGGAGGGCGUGAGCUCUUCCUUUAUUCCUAAUGACUAUUUUUGAAGCAAAGACGGCCGGCGACAUUGGCACAUACCACUUGGCAAGGGCCCUUGAGCAAGUGAAGGUUUCCUAGAGCGGAGAUUAAGAAACCUUGCCCUCCUCAUCUCCAGGGCAGGGACCAUCAAGGACCUACAGACUCCAUCUCUUCUCCAAGCCUCAUGCCAGCCCUGGGCUGCAGCUGCUGCCCCUUACUGAGGCUGUCCUUAACCCUCCUCUCCCAUCCUGUGAUAAUAAUGUCUGCUGACUUGGCCUGGCCAUUUUCAGGAGGCUGUAGAAAGAGGAGAAUAUGUCAAGGAAGACUUCUUGGGUGAGAAGGAGCAGAAAGAUGUCUUCUGGGGAGAAGAGCCUCUAGGAGGAGCGAGUAGGAAUGUACAUGAAUCAUUUAGUCUGAAACUGUCAGGAAGCUACAAAGCUGGCUUCCCCCUGCCCUUAUUUCUCCUUUUUCUCACCCUUAUAGCCCCAUCCUCCCCUGCUUCCUCCCUGGAUUGGUUGGCUGACUAAAGGACUUGAUGUACAUACUCCUGCCCCCUUUACCCUUAAAAAGGUGGGGUUCGCCCCUGGCUUUGCCUCUUCUUUGUGCCUUUGGCCUGGGGUGCAUCUCCUCCUUCCCUUCCAUGUGCCUUUCUUUGCCUCUGCAGUCUCAUUUCUCAUGAUUUUGCAAAUUAUAUUUUGUUGCUUUCUUACCUACUUCUUGGCCCUAAAUAGCAGAAAGAAGAGGAGAGGUGACCUAGAGAACCUCAGUCUCUCCACUGGGAAUUGGAAUAGCCUCUAAUUUUAGCCAUAGAAGGUUUUUCUCAACUGUAUAUGUUGGGAUUUUGCAAAAAUCCUGUUCUGAUGAACCUCCAAAUGAGAUUGGUGGGAGGAGUGAGUGGUGUGACUCUUGCUCCUUAGUUGCGCAGAAUGAUUGUCGUCUCUGAAGGGGUUAUAGGGAAGUCGUGUCCAUAUCCCCCUCCCCGACCACCCCCCCACCCCUGUUCCUCCUCCUUUUAGUUUAGUGUAUAUUAGCAGGUUGGGCUAGAGGAAUCAGCUGCUAUGCGGUUGAUUUUUUUUUUUUUUUUUUUUUAAACCCUUUCCCUUAUUUGCCUUUUACUCCUCCCCUUAAUCUAAAAGCUCUGUUUAAUGCAACUGGAAAUCUUUAUGCUCCUCUCUCCCCCUUCCUUUAUAUAUUGAGGCUUUGGGGUAGGAGAAAAGUGCACAACCCCCUACCCGCCUUCCCUCUGCAUUAGAAUUCCUUAUUUACCCCUUUUCCCCUUCACAUUUCGUCCCACUCCUUUUCUGGCAAAAAGGAGCCUUUUCCUUUCUGUGACCCUGAGAGCAUACUGCACAGGGGAGAUCGCCCCCAUCCAGAUGUGGCUCCACUCUUGGUUUCUCUUGUCUUCUUCUGCUCUUUUCCUGGUGCUCUUUUUGUCGGUGGGGUGUGGGUAAUAGAACAGCCAUGGGCUUUUGGGGACCUUUAACUGUUUUUUCCUUUUCAUUUAUAAAAACACUAAACGUUCAAUUUCAGAGAACCAAAAAUCCCACCUUCCCACCGAACACUACUAAGGGGCAUGUCUUCUGCUCCAUACCUUUUCUGUUUUUCUUUCUCUCUUGUUAAUGCUUUUAAAAACAAAUGAGUUUUUUUAUAUAAAUAAAGUUUUUAAAGUGUG